GCUGCAGACCUGUAGUGUAAAGUGGUGGCCAACCAUCACAUUGUACUAAUAGAACCGGGCAGGCAGAGAGAGAGAUUGUGGAUGAAUUAAGCCUCGAUCCCGGACCUGUGCACGUCCCUCAUACCUUGUGUCGGUGAGAGCAGGGUUAAAUGACAAGAACGUAAGCACUCGGCUUCCUGUCUGCUGACAAUCCGUGCAAAGCACAGGGCAGCUCGCUUCCUCUCUGUUCUAUUUACUCGCACGGUGCCUGCAGUUUGCUAUUUCUCUUGGUUUAUUCAGUGCAGGAGAGUGCGAGUGAGUGAGCAGGUGAGGCGCCACAAUGUUAGAUCCGUCGUCUAGCGAGGAAGAAUCGGAGGAGAUAGUCGAGGAGGAGAGCAAGGAGGUGCAGGCUCCGGCCCCGGGCAGUCGGUUGUCCCCGAGCAGGACCAGCGAGAGCAGCGGGGGCUUACAGCCGAGCAGCCGGAGCAGCAGCAUCCGGCCGUCCAGUCCCAGCCCCUCUGUGGUCAGUGAGAAAGAGAAAGAGGAGCUCGAGAGGCUGCAGAAAGAAGAGGAAGAGAGGAAGAGAAAGCUUCAGUUGUAUGUCUUUGUGAUGAGAUGCAUCGCCUACCCAUUCAAUGCCAAGCAGCCUACAGACAUGGCGAGGAGGCAGCAAAAGAUAAAUAAGCAGCAAUUGCAGACAGUCAAAGAUCGCUUUCAGGCUUUCCUGAAUGGGGAAACACAGAUUGUGGCUGAUGAGGCCUUUAUCAAUGCUGUGCAAAGUUACUUUGAGGUGUUUCUGAAAAGCGACCGUGUGUCCAGAAUGGUGCAAAGUGGUGGUUGCUCUGCCAAUGAUUCUCGAGAAGUGUUUAAGAAACAUAUUGAAAAGCGAGUUCGAAGUUUGCCAGAAAUUGAUGGCCUGAGCAAGGAGACAGUCCUGAGUUCCUGGAUGGCAAAGUUUGACGCAAUAUACCGUGGUGAAGAGGAUCCACGCAAGCAACAGGCCAAAAUGACAGCUAGUGCAGCUUCGGAGCUGAUCCUCAGCAAGGAGCAACUGUAUGAGAUGUUCCAGCAAAUCCUUGGGAUAAAAAAAUUUGAGCACCAGCUACUGUAUAAUGCUUGUCAGCUUGAUAACCCAGAUGAGCAGGCAGCUCAAAUCAGACGGGAGCUGGAUGGGCGUCUUCAGAUGGCAGAUCAAAUAGCAAGGGAACGCAAGUUUCUAAAAUUUGUUUCAAAAGAAAUGGAGAACAUGUUUAUUGAGGAGCUUAAGUCAUCUGUAAAUCUAUUGAUGGCAAAUCUGGAGAGUAUGCCUGUUUCGAAAGGAGGCUCGGAAUUCAAGCUUCAGAAGCUGAAACGCAGUCAUAAUACCUCUAUCAUUGACAUGGGCGAGGAAAAUGAAAACCAGCUCUCCAAAUCUGAUGUUGUGCUGUCUUUUACACUUGAGGUCGUAAUCAUGGAAGUGCAAGGUCUAAAGUCUUUAGCACCAAAUCGCAUUGUGUAUUGUACAAUGGAAGUGGAAGGAGGAGAGAAACUGCAAACUGAUCAGGCCGAAGCUUCUAAACCAACCUGGGGUACCCAAGGUGACUUCACCAGCACACACCCACUUCCUGCAGUAAAGGUGAAACUCUUCACAGAGAGCACUGGUGUAUUGGCUCUGGAGGACAAAGAACUUGGGCGGGUUGUCUUACAUCCUACACCUAAUAGCCCAAAAUCAGCUGAAUUGCAUAAAAUGAUUGUUUCAAAAAACAGCAUUGAUCAGGACCUGAAAAUUAAAUUGGCAGUUCGAAUGGACAAACCACAGAAUAUGAAGCACUGUGGGUAUUUAUGGACCAUUGGUAAAAAUGUUUGGAAAAGAUGGAAAAAAAGGUUCUUUGUUCUUGUCCAGGUCAGCCAGUAUACAUUUGCAAUGUGCAGUUACCGGGAGAAAAAAGCUGAACCUCAGGAACUGCUGCAACUGGACGGAUACACAGUGGAUUACACUGACCCACAGCCAGGUUUGGAGGGUGGUAGGGCGUUCUUUAAUGCAGUUAAGGAAGGAGACACUGUGAUCUUUGCCAGCGAUGACGAACAGGAUCGUAUCCUUUGGGUUCAGGCAAUGUACCGUGCAACUGGUCAAUCACACAAGCCCAUUCCUCCGACUCAAGUCCAAAAACUUAAUGCCAAAGGAGGAAAUGUGCCCCAGUUGGAUGCUCCCAUCUCACAGUUUUCUGGACUAAAGGAUGCAGACAGAGCGCAGAAGCAUGGGAUGGAUGAAUUCAUCUCUGCAAAUCCAUGUAUGUUUGAUCAUGCUACACUGUUUGAAACACUACAAAGGCUGACUCUGGACCACAGACUGAAUGAUUCCUACUCUUGUUUGGGCUGGUUUAGCCCUGGCCAGGUAUUCGUGCUGGAUGAGUAUUGUGCACGCUAUGGAACUCGAGGCUGUCACAGACAUCUCUGCUACCUCAAUGAUUUGCUUGAAAGAGCAGAAAAUGGAGCGAUGAUUGAUCCAACCCUGCUUCACUACAGCUUUGCCUUCUGUGCUUCACAUGUGCAUGGCAACAGUGUGCAAGUGGCAGGAUCACUUGUAUUACAGCCAAUUGUAGAUGGUGAGGGGGAUAAGUCAAUCAAUCCCUCAGUAAAUGAGCCAGAGAAUGACCCAAAAAAGGACAGAAAGGAGUCUAGAAAAGGUUCUAGAAAGGAGCCCAAGUUGCAACCAAAACCAGAGCCAAAAAGGCCUGACGGAAUAGGAACUGUAACAGUAGAAGAAAAGGAACGUUUCGAGGAGAUCAAGGAGAGGCUGCGCAUACUACUUGAGAAUCAGAUCACUCACUUUAGGUAUUGCUUUCCUUUUGGGCGACCUGAGGGUGCAUUAAAGGCUACAUUGUCUCUCCUGGAAAGAGUGCUCAUGAAGGAUAUAGUAACACCUGUUCCUCAAGAAGAAGUUAAAGUUGUCAUUCGGAAAUGUCUGGAGAAAGCUGCCCUAGUGAACUACACACGACUUUCUGAGUAUGCCAAAAUUGAAGGGAAAAACAGAGAAAUGUAUGAGCAUCCUGUCUACUGCUUGGCCUCUCAAGUGAUGGAUUUAACCAUUCACAAUCAAAAGGAUCCAGCACGACGACUUUGGCCUAAACCACCGUCCACACCUCUACCCAUAAAAUCGUCGCAAAACAUUCUUAGUCAGAGAAUCAGAGGCAUGCCUAAACAAAUACAAAAAAAUGUAGGACAGUUAGUUACUCCUGCCAAAAAACUGGAAGAUACAAUCCGGCUUGCUGAACUGGUUAUUGAGGUGCUGCAACAAAAUGAAGAGCACCAUGCAGAGGGAAAAGAGGCCUUUGCUUGGUGGUCAGAUUUGAUGGUUGAACAUGCAGAGACCUUCUUGUCACUGUUUGCAGUCGACAUGGAUGCUGCUUUAGAGACACAGGCCCCGGACACCUGGGACAGCUUUCCAUUAUUUCAACUGCUCAAUGAUUUCCUGAGGAGUGAUUACAAUCUGUUAAAUGGAAAAUUCCACAAACACCUUCAAGAUGUCUUCGCUCCUCUUGUGGUUAGAUACGUCGACCUGAUGGAGUCAUCAAUUGCACAGUCGAUUCACAGGGGCUUUGACCGAGAAUCAUGGGAACCUGUAAAGAGUUUAACAAGUAAUCUUCCCAAUGUGAAUCUACCAAAUGUGAAUCUCCCCAAAGUACCAAAUCUACCAGUUAACCUCCCACAAAUGCCUAGUUUUUCUGCUUCGUCAUGGAUCGCCAAUAUAUAUGAUGCUGACAAUGGCUCAGGAACAUCAGAAGAUCUGUUCUGGAAGUUGGAUGCUCUGCAGACCUUCAUUAGAGAUCUGCAUUGGCCAGAGGAGGAGUUUGCAAAACAUCUGGAGCAAAGACUAAAGCUCAUGUCCAGUGAUAUGAUUGAGUCAUGUGUUAAGAGGACUAGGAUUGCAUUUGAAGCCAAGUUACAGAAGACAAGCAGGUCAACAGAUUUCCGUGUCCCACAGUCAAUAUGCACCAUGUUUAAUGUGAUGGUGGAUGCCAAGACACAGUCCACAAAGCUUUGCAGCAUGGAGGUGGGCCAGGAACGGCAAUACCAUUCUAAAAUUGAUGAGUUAAUUGAAGAAACUGUCAAAGAAAUGAUAACUCUCAUGGUUGCAAAGUUUGUCACUAUUUUGGAAGGAGUACUGUCCAAACUAUCCAGAUACGAUGAAGGGACUCUCUUCUCAUCCUUUCUGUCAUUCACUGUGAAAGCAGCUUCCAAAUAUGUGGAUGUUCCUAAACCUGGGAUGGAUUUGGCAGAUGCCUACGUGACCUUUGUGCGCCAAAGUCAGGAUAUCCUGCGUGACAAGGUCAAUGAGGAGAUGUAUAUAGAAAGGUUAUUUGAUCAAUGGUACACAAGUUCCAUGAAUGUGAUCUGCAGCUGGCUAACAGAUCGUAUGGAUUUACAGCUUCACAUCUACCAGCUAAAAAUCCUCAUCAGACUUGUCAAGAAAGCUUAUCGAGACUUUCGGCUUCAGGGAGUACUGGAUUCAACCUUGAACAGUAAGACCUAUGAGACAAUUCGUAACAGACUGACUGUAGAAGAAGCAACAGCAUCGGUUUCGGAAGGUGGUGGUCUUCAAGGGAUUACAAUGAAAGACAGUGAUGAAGAAGAUGAGGAGGAAGAUUAGAUCACAGUUAGAUUUAGAGGCUGAAUUUUGACAUAGCCUGGUAACAAAUGCAUGUACCACUCUGUUGUUCAGUUAGCCACAAUAGGAUCUUGUUUUUCAGCUCCAUGUAAUUGAAAUGAGGGAACUGUUAUCAGUCAGAUUGAAACUUUAGCUGUGUGAAAAUUUAGCACUUAUUUAAACCAUUUAUUUCUAAAUUAAUUUCUAUAUGUUCAUAAGCAAUAUGGAGUAAACAUUGUUUGAUAAUGUUAAGUGAGAUACGUAGGAAUAAUGCUAGGUGUGUCCCUGUUAAAUGCGGAACCUAUUUGGCGCUUCAUCAAUGUAAUGUAUAUAUAUAUAUCUUGACAGUAAAAUAUUGUGGAGAUGAGUGAGUUAGAUAAUUUAUUUAUUUAUAUUUCUUUACUGGCUGCCAACUGCUUAAAAAGAAAAUGUCCUUGUAUUUGUGUGAUAUAUAAGUUCUAUUAAUAAUCCUAAUUUAUCUUUGUUUGACAAUCUUUUCAUUCUUGUGUGUUUCGUUGUUAAAUUCCUCCUUGAAUGCAUUUCUAUGUAUGCAAAAGAGGCAUGCAGAAGAAGGUGUUGCAAGUUUUAUUUUGUUAAGAUAAUUUCUGAAUUGAGUCUUUCCUUUGGGGUGUUGCUGGAAUGGUACAUUUAUGCCCAAAUUCAAAACACCCAGUUUUAUUUAUGAGGAAAUAUUACGCAAAGUAUAUUGGAUAAUCCGAAUGAAUUGUAUCCAAAAUUCAAAAAUGUACUCAAUAAAAAAAGACAGCUGAACAAAUUUUAAGCCACAGUGAAAGUUAAAUUUAAAUGCUCUCUGCUGAGCAACUUUAUUUUCAAAUGCUUCAUUUAAGUAAUGUGAGAUAUCUUCGUGUUGUUUGUCCAUUUCUUUCAGCAAUUUUUGAUUCACAGUUGGUUUCUUGUAUAUACAAUGCUGUAUAAUGCAUGACAAAGGAUUCCCUUUUUCUCCAAAAGCUAUUAGUUUCUGUGUGGAGUAGCUGGUGGUGGAACAAACCAUCUCGCUUUGGCCUUAUAAAAGCCCACAGCUGUAACAUGGGAAACUAUGGAUUCUUAGUAAAUUAAUUGUACAAACAUCUA